AUGAGUAGCACACAUCUUCCCUCCCCUCCCUCCUCGAGACCAACAUCUCCAAUACCAGCGACCAAAGACGUAAAUAUUGCUCCUCGCAGAGAAGAGAAGGAAGAGCACGAGGAAAAGGCGCUAUCAGAGCGCCUGGACGACCUUCUCGCAUCAUACCUAGCGCUUCUUGACACGUACACCAGUCUCCGAGCGCAAGUGUCCAAGGACUUCGCGUCGGGCUUCUAUUCCCUCGCACAGGCAAACCGAAACUCGACGCUCGGCCCAGGUCGACGCUACGGCGAAGAAGGCUACGAUGAGCGCAUGAAGGCCUCGAAAACAGUAUACAUCAAGCAGUCCGGAUCACAGUCACAGCCCACCACGAAGCAGGUCAGACGGUUGAAGGAUGAAACUCCUCCCAACAAAGAUGCGCCAACACAAUACCAAGACCCCUCCAGAGAAGACGAACACUGCAAAGAUACCCAGAAGGCCGGCGAGGACGAUCAGGCGAAUCUGAAGAAAUCCGUUCCUCCCUCCAGGUCUUCCUCAUCAUCAAAUCCCAUACACGCCACGUCUCAGCCAACUCCUUGCUGCUACACGUAUUCCGUCAGGAGCAACAGCAAUUCCACCACGACGACCAAAGACGGCACUGCCUCAACCUUGGCAUCAUCAUCGUCCUCAUCCUCAUCUUCUGCACCACCCACUGCUUCCUCCGAUGAGAUCGCAGCCUCUGACGCACAAGAUAAAGACGAACCCAAACCCAAAACCAAAGCCGAAGCCAUCUCAAAAGACCCGCUAAAAUGGUACGGUAUUCUUGUCCCUCCGGCUUUGCGUCAGUGCCAAUCUCAUUUCAAUGCCUCGGUAUCUUCCACAAUCCCUGAGCUCCUGGGCACCAUGUCAGCCUUGCAACAACUCGAAAUGAGCAUCUGGGAAGUUCGUCAAGCUCUAGGCAUAGUCGAGGAGUACGGAUAUGGGUGGGACCAGCUCCCAGAAAAGCCUGCAGAAUCGAAAACCCGAGACAACCGUGCCAGAGCCAAGACGGAGAACGAAGUCUCCGCGUCGGGCUUGACCUUGGAACAAGGGCAAAGUAGGAGGACUCACCCUGCAUCAAAGUCCCCUUUGUUACUGUCUCCCUCGUCACCGGCAAGCCGAACAGAACCGCGGUCCCGAGUGCUAAAACUCGACUAA